AUGAGAGGUUAUAUUUUCUUAUUGAUAUUAGUAGUUCUAUUGCUUGCCCUUGCAGGUUGUGGAAACACACAGGAACCUAUUAGAGAACUUCAUCAUUUUGGUCUCAAUUAUGCAGUGGACACAUCUAAAAUAGUCAUGUAUCAACUUGCUGUUCCAAAUCUACAUGGAACCAUGACGUUGGAUUUCGAUAGGAAUGGUAAAUGGAGUGGAAACUAUUCCCUCACACAUAGUAAGAUUAAUGCUAGAUUCUUUUUUGAUGCAUUCGAAUCAGAAAUGUUUUCAUUUGACUUUACAAAUCUGUCAUGUGAAAAUGUGAACUCAUGUAAAAUCACUGUGAAUACGCAAAGAUCAAUUUUGAAGAAUGUAGAUCCUUAUGGAAUGCAAAUAGUUGGCGUUAGGAAGGAUAUAGUCAGAAAUCAACUCUUAAAGUUCGAUAUUCAAUAUGAGAAUUUUGGAGAAUUUGAACUGACUAGUAAUUUUACAAUAACUUUUUCUCAAAUUAGUGAAACAUCAUUUUCCUUCCAAUACUACAUGCAAGGUGUUAUUCAUCCGGUUAGCAAUAUGAGAGCUUCAAUUCCAAUAAGCUUUCCUAGAGAUGUCAGUUAUCAUGUGGAUGAAUAUAAAACCUCCAUGUCAAUUCUCCUAUCCUUUGACAAUGCCCCAAUUAUUGACAAGUCUCAACUCUCAUUAUCCCCAAAAAUUUUGCUUCAAACCUUCUUUACUGGACUCAUCCCAAAUUACUACACUUCAAUCUAUUCCUUCCAAUUAUGGAAGACAGAUCUUAAUGGUAGAAAACUUUCCCAACGAAUUAGCAUUCCAUUUACGUAUGAUAGUUCGAAAGGUUUCGAACGAAGAGUGAGUUUUGUUUCAAAUUCAAUUUUUAUGGAUCCUGAAACAAUUCAGUGUGCCUACUUGGAUCCAGUCACGAAAUCUUUUGUUCUUGAUGAUAAUUCUCAUGUAUUGGAGGUUAGCGCAUAUGGAACCAUUAAGAAUUUUGUUUUACAAUGUUCAGAAUUUGAAUUUGAUGAGAAAUUUGAUAUUUUCAUGGUUGGUAAACAAGAUGAUAGAAAGAUGAGGGAAUGUAGGUUUGGAGAGGAUUGUGCCAUGUCAGGAAAUAUGUUACAAUAUUAUAAUAUUAUGACCGAUAGCAAGAGAUUGGAUAACUUGGUAUUGAAGGGUGACAGAAUGUCAGAAUUUGGUGGAAGUGUUAUUGUAAACAAUGAAAAUGUGACCAAUUAUCAACGUUUUGCAUCUCCAAUAACAUUCCAAAAACCUCUUUCCUUGAAAUUGGUAUUCUCUCUGAAUAUUACUAAUUUGAAUGAGUCAAAUUCGAAAGUUUCAGACAAUUUACUUCACUUGGAAUAUACCAAUAUUAUCCAGCCACAUGUUGAUCCGUUUUCAAUGAGAGUUACUAUUCUAGAUGAGAAACAGAAUGCAUUCGUUCUCUGUCAACCAGAUUCUCCUAAAUUAGGGGAAGCAGUUUGGUCAAUUGAUCCUUUUUUGACAUCAACUUUGAAAUUCAUUACAUUUGGUUUGUGGGUAUAUGACACAACCACAGCAAAUCUGGGAGAUGUUGUCUUUGUCAAUUAUCCAAGAAGAAUUGAGUACAGUUUAGAGUCUUCUCUUAGCUUGAUAGUUUACUUUGAAGAUGUUGAAAUUCGUGAUCAAGCUCAUAGACCUUACUAUAUUGUCAAUGAAAUCAAAGAUUUAACAAGUCCAUUAAGGGAUGACUACAACUUGAUCAAGAGUUUCAAGUUCGAGUAUCGCGAAGGGUUGGAAAUUAUGGAUUAUGAUGAGGGCAGAAUAUUCCAGUUUCUUCCAAGCACUCAAUUCCUAGAUUCAAAAGGAGAGGAAAUUACUCUAAGAUUUGAAGAAAUGACAUGUGCCUAUCUACUCAAAGAUUCAUCCACUGGAGAAUUUACCAUUCUCGAGUUUAGUGAUGAUAGAACAGUUCUUAAACAAGACGAAAACCAAAAUUGGAAAUAUGAGCUUGAUUGCUCGGAAGAUAUUAGAGAAACUGAAUUUUAUGUGAUGUUGAUAGCAAGAAAGUUCAAGAGGGAGCUUCAGAUUUCAAGAUUUGGUGAGAUGAUUGUCCUUGAUCCAAGAUUGAUUACUGAAUUUAGAAGUGAAUGGUCACCUAAAGAUAUUUUACAAAUAAGUGUCAAUCCUAACAGUGAUUUGGAGGGGUAUUAUAUUUUAAAUAGUAAGAAAGUGAGCGAUUAUCAAGGAUUUAGUAUUCCUCAAACCAUACAGAAACCAUUAACUAUUUUAGGAGUUUAUGAGCUAGUUCAAAAUUCCAGAUCAAGCAAUGAUGAGAAAAUGUUAAAUGCCAUUGACGUGUACUUGAAAAAAGAUAGUUCAAUUUUCAAUAUGGAUCCUCUUUCUUUUAGAUUGUUCAAAGUGGACAUAGACACAUCAAGUUUCCAAUUAAUAUUCGAUGACAAACCUUUCGCAGGACCUUGGAAUUUUCAAGACAAUUUAUUGGUUAAUCGAGAGUUUACAUUUGCUGUUUGUGCGUUCACAUCCAACAAAGCUGAAUUUGGUGAAAAUUACCUAAUUUCUUAUUCCAGAUUAUUGACCUACAACUUGAGUAAUGAUGAUUUUGUUUCGUAUACAUUUGAAAAUGAAAAUGAUCUAACAGGGUCAAACUUUAAAAUGGUUCAUUUGAAUACCCAGCAAACUACUAUAAUAGAUCCAAUUUCUAAAGAGGAGUACAUCCCAAUAUACUUAUUUUCAAUCUCACAAAAUUUGAUGACUUUUGGAUUGAACAGUUGGCGGGAAUUUUCAAUUUCAAAUGUAAAUGUGGAUUUGGAUCCAAAUUCUGUUAGAUGUGCUUAUUCAUUAGGACAGGGGUUUCAUAUUUCUCAAACUACUAAACCACUUGUGAUUGGAAAUCAAGUUUCCAUGAAAUGUUUGGAUAAUAUUAUGGUCAACUCGUACAAUUUUACGAUUAUUGCCAAAAAGAUGAACUAUCCACCAACUCCAAUCCCAAGUCCAUCUAUCAAACCAACACCAGAACCAAGUAUUGUUCCAGAACCUUCAAUUCGUCCACCAACACCUAUUCCUUCACUACAACCAGCUCCUGUUCCAUCUACUUAUCCAGAACCUCCAACACCAAUCAGUUCAUUCGAUAGAGAAAAUGGAAUUAAUCUCGGUAAGGAUACAUCAGUUUCAAGAAUUAUCAAAUCUGGAGAUUCUAUUCUCUAUAGAAUAUCCAUUCGUCCAAAUCAACAGCUUUCGCUUUCAUGCGCUUCACUCAUGGGAAAGUCUAUGAACAUAUUUAUUGGACAAGAUUUCAAACCUACACAUCAAAAGUUUACUCUCCAAAUGAAUUCGAAUCAAGUUAGGUCAGUGGAAAAUCGAUCAGCGCAGUCACAAGUAAUUUUUAUAAUGGUUGAGGGCCCUUCUGAAGGUUCUUCUCAAAUUGUUCUUCUUCCUUCCGUUGAAAAAGUUGAAAAUCCUGAGAAUAGUCCUAUUCGAAAUGAGAGUAAUGGUUAUUCUGCAUUUUUUGCAAUAACUGCUUUAUUGACCUUAAUGUUAAUCGGUUCAAUGUUUGUAACAUUGGGAGUUUUUAUAUAUAUGAGAAGGAAACAACAGAUUAUUUCAAAUAUGGGAAAGGAAUCCUAUGAGUUGAUUUUGAAAGAAAGACCAAAUGGAGAUCAAGUAAGAGCAAGUUAUUACACGGAGGAAAAUUUAUAG